UGCGUAUAUCCCCAGAUCAUAUACAGGCAGUGUCUUGCUUGAUGCGGAUUCAAGGCUCAUCUGUCUUGGUGAUGUUUGGAUUGAUAUUACCGGUGAGAGUCUGAUGAGCCUACGACUUCGGCCCUCGCAAUGCCUGGUAUCGAGUCUCAUGGCGAGUUUCUAAGGCACGCUGUUCUAGAAACUGUCGUCCCUCACGCCACUGAUAUAGAUAUUGAGGGCGCGUUGAGUUCUGCGUUAGAAGGAGGCGCUGAGGACCUAUCGGAGGUUUUAUCUUCCAUACAUCAGCGCUCACUUUUAUUUUUUGAUGAGUUUGUCAACGCCCGCAUCGUCCUUAGAUUAUCGAAUUGCUCGGAACAUGCCUUGAAGACACUUCUGCCACGACUGGACGUCAGACUAGAUGCAUUUGUUGUCAACCCAGUGGAUCCAAACAGCGAAGGGACCACGCCUACGAGGGAUCUGAUUUUUUCAGGGGUUGUUAGUGAAAACGAGGAUCCCCUGAUAGUUGUCAACGCUUUUGAGGGAGAUGAAGAGAAGGGAAAUCAUGUCUACGUUAUAUGGAAGAUCGAGGCCUUUCUGAAUCGACCGCGCGUCCGCAUUCAGUAUCCAUCGGUCAUCUUCACGGCGUCCGCAACUUUGAAUCCACCAAAAGUCUCAGAGCACAACAACCGCGACGAUAGGUAUCUUCAAAGCCUUGUUCCUGCGUCCAGCAAUGUCUUUGAGCCAUUAGCCGCGGACCCUACUUUGGGCACAGAGAGUCCUUUCCUCCCAGCUUCUAGGCUUCUACGGGUGGUACCGGCGCAACACACUGAGGAACCAAUCUACAAUAUCCAGCAACAAACAGAGCAUCCGACGCGGAUUGUCCCUGCUGCCAGCGCAAGGAUCCGCUACUCGCGGCUCAAUAGUUAUUCAAGCAGACCCACGACAAUCGCAAGUCUCGACUUUGAAGUCACUCCGUUCUUGACUUGUGAAGUUGUCCUGGAACAGGCGAAGCUGGAUUUGUCCGAUGGUAAUGUUGAGACAAUAUCAGAUAUCCCAGGCUUGGCCCUGCCCAUUACUUGUCGUCCGCGAGAUGACGUUACCUUGGUCUACAAGCUGACACCCGAGUAUGGACCGGAAACUAAUCCUUCAACCACUGCGAUGGUCAGCACCCUGGACAUUGCUCUUGCAGGUGUUAUCAAUCUGUCGGAUGAUUGUAGGCCAAAGAUAUCCAUGCAGUGGCGGACGAACGUCGACUUCUCACUUCCUCUCAACCCGACCUUUGGAGCACCAAGCCAGGUUUUGCAGAGAAAUAAACGUCCUGCAAGUCUGCCGAUGCUUCCAGGCCAGGCGGGUCUCCCUCCCUCCCUUCCCCCUUCCAACCGCAGUUCUCUUCGUGAGCGUGCUUAUUCCACCACUGAUCUGGGAGUUACGAUAUCAUUUUCCGGGCCCGUCAGUGUCGAGGUGAGCAAGCCGUUCUACUGGGACGUCUUCAUUGUGAACCGGUCGGGGAUCCCUCGCAAGUUUACAAUGACCGCAAUCCCGCGCAGGAAGCGGCCGGAUCCACGGAAACAUGUCGCCCGACCAUCGUCCGCAUCUGCUACUAGCCGUAAGGAAGACCAAGUGGCAGAAGCGGUCACAGAUGACAACAUUAUCCACGCUAUGCAAAAGACAGCCGCUGGUCAGGAUGCGGAGUUGAUCUGUUUGAGUACCGAUAUCAGAGUGGGACCACUGCUCCCAGGGACCUGCCAUUCGACUGAGGUGAAACUGCUUCCUUUAGCAGCAGGCUCACUGCAUCUGGAAGCGGUCCGUCUUGUGGAUGUAAACACGAACGAAACGACCGAUAUCAGGGAUCUUCCGGACAUAUUAGCGUUUGAACGGAAGCAUGUAUGAUGAAGUUAAUGUGUAUAUAAUAAACGUUUCAACUGUGACCCCGUGGGGUUCCAGUUGAUCCUUACUCUAGAUCCUUGUCAGCAUAGACGAUUUGUGCGGCGUCAGCAGAAUUCAGAUUACGAGUCACAUUACUCCUCUAGGUUCCUUAUUCAUGUGGUAAACCGUUAAAGAGUCCGUCUAUUGUCACCAAUCUAGGGUAAAAAUCCGCCUGUGGAAGAUUCAUAGUGAUGAUACCAUCUCUCAAAGAGUGCGGGAGGCGUAAAAGCGGCGCCAAGGUCGCAACGGUCGAGGCUCACAGGCUCCAUCCAAGCCUGCCGCGUCCGCCCCCUUCGUCGGCUGUUAAUACCUCA